CAGACGAGAACAAACAACGGAGCGGCGAGUGCCGACACACCGCCGGGAGAGAAGUACGCACCGCUGCCAGGAGUGCGUCGCUACGGACUCGUCUGUCUUUCUUUACAUGUUUGUGCCAGAGAGUCCCGCACCGAUGCUGUGUGUCGCCUGUAAAGCCCAGUCCUAGCUGCUGUCGCUGGUGGCGGUGCUCUUUAGCAUCAGCUAACCGGUUAGCCAGUAUUUACGAAGGUGGAGGCUGGGUGAGCAGCUGAGCCAAACAGGACCAGAAACCAAAAAUAAAAGACGUGUUUUCAAACUUUCGAGUACACUUAAGGCGUCGUUUGGCUACGAUAAGUAACUUGAUAAAACGGCUGCAAAGUUAACGCAAGCGAAUUUAGUUUGUUGCGACUAGCUAGCUAUUGUUAGGAGGACUGAGUAACUGGGUGUCAGGAGCUAGCCACCCACAAUGAGCACCGAGGAGGCUGCUUCGUCCACCAAAACCGUCUCGGAGGACGAUGGCAUGACAUGGUGGUACCGAUGGCUCUGCAAAAUAGCCGGGGUUUUAGGAGGAAUAUCUUGUGCCAUCUCAGGAGUGUGGAACUGCGUCACCGUGAACCCCUUAAACAUCGCUGCCGGAGUGUGGAUGGUGUUGAACGCCUUUGUGCUGUUUCUGUGUGAAGUCCCAUUCUGCUGCCAGUUCAUAGAGUUUGCUAAUGCAGUAGCAGCUCGUGCAGACAAACUCAGACCCUGGCAGAAAGCCUUCUUCUACUGCGGAAUGGCUCUGUUCCCCGUAUUCCUGAGUUUCUCCAUCACAACCUUGUUUGGGAAUGCCAUUGCUUUUGCUACAGGGGUCCUCUACGGCCUCGCCUCUUUAGGCAAAAAGGGAGAUGCAGUGACUUAUGCUAGACUGCAGCACCAGAAACAGGGCGAUGAAGAGAAGAUGACAGGGACGACAGACGGAGCUGCAGACUUUGCAUGCUCAGUUUAGGCAUUCCAACACUGGACCUUGGGAAGCGGGCUCUGACCCAGAGAGGAUCUCACCAAAAAAAAAGUUGAAAUUCUUGAAAGAGCCCAGCUUUUAUUGAAUUGUAAACACUGUUUCCUUGUCAUCAUUCAGCCAACACUCAACCUAAAGCUGCAGUGUCAUGGUAUGUAAUGAAAAACUGGAAUGUGAGAUUGUUUGCUAUGUUGUUUUGAAAUACUUUGUACCUUUCUGUUCUUUUUGGGAUUUUGCUAUUACAUGAAUGUCUGCUGAUUGUUGUGUUAAAAAAAAAAAAAAAAAACCUAUUGAGUACGCUCUGCCCAGUCCUGUUAACAAUUUAAUGAGGGAAAGUGUCUUGAUUCAGGGAUUAAUUGGUGUGUAUCCCACACAAUCAUCAGAGCCAUGAUUUGCCUUUGUCACUCAGAUAUGCAGCGGUCAGCAAUGUAAAAAUUGUGUUGGUGUUGUUUUGUUGCCUUGCCUCUGUUGUCUCUUUGUUAAUUUGGAAGCUUUGGAAAGACUUGAUUGCACAUACCUCUUACAGCUCUGUAUCUUAACUCUGUAUUUUUGGCUGGUUAGUGGCUCAGUUUCUUGUACACACAUUGCCACCAGCUCUCAGGUAUCACACUUACAGUACAGCAGAAGGAUACCAGUGAUCAAGUACAGAGCAGAUGACUCAGAGCACAUCCAGGAUAACUAGCAGAAACCUAAAAAAAAAGCAUGAAACAUUUAAAACAUGCACAUGAACCAGCAUUCAUGAAUUGUAUUGUGAAACACUACUCACCAGCGAUAUGCUAUAGUCUGAACCAUGAACCAGAAAACUUUGGUUCUUUGUGACACUGCUUUCAUAGAGACUGAAAUCCACAGUCAUCCCUCAUAAUCCUCACAGACGUUUAUUUUAGUAGGUCCAUGCAUCCAUCCAUCCAUGUUUCAGUGGUUCAACUGAUUCUACAUCUGCAGACGUUGGGAGUCUGUUGAUGUCGUAUCUCUCGCUGUAAGGGAUAUGUGUAUAAUGUGUGUUGUGAUGUGAAUCCUAAUCCUGUUCUGAAUUGAUGGAUUAAAGAAACUUGCUAAUACUA